AUGGAGGAAAGAACUAUCCGAUCAAAAAAAGAGCAAAAAAUGGAAAAAUUCAGAGAAAUCUUAAAAGAAAGUGAAAAAUUUAAAGAUUAUAGUAUGUUUAGAAACAUUUCAAAAAGAUUCUUAUGCGAUCAAACAAGACUUUGUUCAUUUGAUGCGCGUUCAGCAGCAAAUUCUUCGCAUGAUGUAGAAAUAAUUAAAUCAAUUCAUCAAAAAUUGCGUGAUUAUCAACAAGAAACCCAUAAAGAGAUAAGAUUUGUGUUAUUUAAUCUGUUGGACGAUGACGGUUUAUUAAGGCAUCUUAAAGAAAUUGAAAAGUUAUGCUUUUUGUACUUCCUAAUGAUUGACUAUGUUUUUGGAUAUAUUCAUUUAAGUAAAAAUGAUAAUAAAAACGUAGCAAUUGAAAUAAAAGAUAGUACCUCAAAUGACACUUUUAUAGAAAUUGAUAUAGAACUUGUCAUUAUUAGCCGAACACAUCCAGAUCCAUAUGGUACCUUUCAUAAGUCCAUAGAUGGUCAUUUUUCUCCUCAUAGUUAUCAAUCCGAGAUUGAUAAAUUACAGUAUUUGGGUGUUGAUAUUGAUGAAUAUGUAUUAGAUGUUGAUGAUAGUUGCGGUGUACUUUGGAAAGAUGGUAAUGCAAAAUCAUUAAUUCUGCCGUCACUAUAA